UGUAUAUAAGUAACUAUAACAUUUGAUAAGAAAUUUUGGGAAGAUUUUGGAAAAUAUGUAAAACAUAAUGUUUUGUGUGUGUGCUGAAGGGAAAACAUUACUUUUAGAAUCGAUGCAGAUCUGUACCCUGUCACACUAUCAAAUAUUAAAAUGCUUAACGGACCUCCAGUAAAAACAUUAUUUAUUAAGUGUCAGAGUAAUUUCUCAUCCUAAGAACUAUGUUGACUGCAUGUGGAGGUUAAUAAAGUGGGGCAUCCACAUGCAAAAGCAGACUGUUGAAGUUCAAACAUAAGUAUAAAAACCACAAAUCUAGGUCAACUACUCUAAAAAGAGAACACAGACUCUGAGAAAGUGCUAAACAUUUUGCCACUGAGCGAAAUGACAUCAGAGGACUGUGCACACCAGCUGAGAAAUCUCAUAGUCUUGCUUAAAGUAUUGAGGUUAUACAAUUUUUUCCUUUGUAUCAGCAGUGACUGUCGUCGGUUUUCAUUACACAUGUGGGUCAGUUAAAGCACAGUCUAAGAUAAUUAUAAUAACUCAGGGGAGGAAAAAAGCAGAGAUGUGAGAGUCUGCUUUAGAAACCAUGAUGUGGAUGACAUGGAUAUCCUCAUAGAAGCCUUAAGACUUGUCUUUCUUUUACUACUCAACUGCGAACUAAGAGACUGUUACGGAGUGACUUGUACUGGAGAGCUGACCGUAGAUAAAGACAUCAUUCCUAUUGGCUCCAACUUGACCGUACACUGCCGAUCCUACACUGUGAGAUGUGGCAGGAUCUUCAUUAUAGAAUUCAAUGGAAAAGUUCUAAGAAAGACCAGUUGUUCUAAUGUCACAGCACAUGUGGUUGUGAAUGAACCUAAAUCCUCUAUUUCCUGCUCUGUGGAACAAGGCGGGAAGUCUCACAUUGUGUGUGGAAGAGACAUCACGGCUAAUCCAAUUCCAAGUCCUCCACAUAUUAAAGAGAUUGCAUUUGCAAAAGGCUCCCUUUCUCCAACCAUCCACUGGCACAGCUCAGACAAUAUGGAGAAUCUGAAACCCGUUGUAAGAUUUCGAAAAGCAAACGAUGCUUCUGACUGGAUGGAAGGAAAUGUGAUUCGGCUUCAGAGAGGGACACUUGCAUUGCUAGGGACGUUGACCCCAUUGACGUCAUAUCAGUUUAAGAUGCGAGUCUGCACGGUGUCAAUGAAGUAUAACUGCAGUUUGUGGAGCAAGAUGUUCACUCAGAGCAGCCCUGGAAAAGCCCCCUCGACCAAGCUCGACGUGUGGAGGAUAAUCAUGAUAACUGAACAGAGUCAUGUUCAGAAUGUGACCCUCAUGUGGAAGCCGCUAGGUAAAGAAGAUGGUACAGGGGUUCUGCACCAUUAUGAAAUAGCCUAUCGAGAGAAGGGCACUACACACAUUCUGAAUUGCUCAGUGGCUGUUACACAGUACACUGUUCAACUGCCUUUGGAGGUGACAGAGCUGAAUAUCAGUGCUGUUACAUCAGCAGGAAGUUCACCACCAGCUACAGUGAGACUGAACUGUUCAGCAGGCAUACCAUCUCCAGAAAUAAAGUCAAGCCAUGCAGCAGGGGGCGGCAUCAACCUUGAGUGGGACUCCCCUCCCUUCUCAGAAAGGAUGUCAGAGCAAACUCUGGGUUAUGUAGUUCAGUGGCAAUGCACCCCAGAUCAAAUGCAGUGGAAAAGAUAUGUGAAAAACUACAAUACCUCCGUAUACAUUCAGGCUACUCAACCAACUCUGUGUAACUUUUCACUCUUUGUUGAGAACAGUGACGGAGUGUCAUGCCCUUCUUUCAAACAAAUCCAUAUGAUCAACAAAGGCACUGACACAAAAAAUUAUAAUAAUGUUUCUCAUGUAGAGAACUUAACACAGCAAUCUACUGCAAAGCAAACAAAAGAUGCAUUUGCAGUCGGGAUGUGCCUCGUAACCGCAGUUCCUAUCAUUAUCCUUGUGAAUUUGAUAUAUUUAAAAUGUACACGACAAAGAAUAAGGAAGGCGUGUGUGUCAAUGGGACCCUCUUGGCUUUUCCAAAAUUUGCCCAAACUUGGAAACAGCAAUGCCAUCAAAUUACUUAAGGAUGAGAGUUGUGGUUCUGAUCUGUACUGGCAACCUGUGGACAGUGACCCACCCUUAUCUCCAGUCGAGGACUGCAGUCCACCCAUGGAAAGGAAAGACUUGUACCCCAUUGUCCACAAAGAAGUAACCACAGAGGAAAGGGUGAUUGUUCAAGACUGGACAGUGUCUCCUUAUAAACCUCAAAUCAACAUUUCUCAAGGAGCAGAAGCGGCAUGUGAUGUAACAGAGAAGGAAGAAGAUGAGCCUCCAUGGGUGCUCUUCUCGCUGCCUGUCUUCACAUUUGAACAAAGAAUUUUUCCAAGUAAAGGAAUGCAUGCAUCUCUACCAAGCUGCUUGACUGUGGAUGGAAGACCUGUGUCUAUGAAUCUUGUAGAUGGAUUUCCAUUUUUCACUCCAGCUACAUUAGACGGCAACAUGGUGGCAGAUGGGAGGUUUGUAGAAACUGAAAGUGCCUAUCAGAAUCAGCACCAAAGCCAGGCAUUGCUACCCAAUGUUACCCUACAUUCCCUACAGGUUGAUGAGCAGUUGCUCUGAAAGGUUUGCUUGUAAAGGGGAUUUUUACUUGUCACAUGUACAUUACAGGACAGUGAAAUUCUUUCUAGGCCAGCGAUGUGAUCAGCCAUGAUAAAGUGCCCCCUGGAGCAAAGAGGGUUAAGGGCCUUGCACAUGGACCCAAGAGUAGCAGUUUGAACCCGUCAACCUUCCGAUCAGUAACCCAGAACCUUAACCACUGAGCUACCACUCCAGUCCCAAAUGCUUGCAUCUGUGGUGAUCUUCAAAUUUCUCGUUCCGCUAGAUCAGUCAUGUGUAAAAAAAAUGCAAAUUGUAUAGGAGCUAAACAAAGAAUUUACAUUUACUGGAAUAAAGCAACUUGAAAAUGAUUUGAGGACAUGUGUGAAGCGCAUGGUGCCCAAGCACUGAAAAGUAGUGCGUUGUCAGAGCUGAAACUUUCUAAUAAGGAGUCCAGAGCCCUUGCCGAUCUUUGCCCUGGGCUUGCCCUGAAGUGCAUCACAACCUAAAUAGCCAGGAUGAGGUUCUCUAAGCAACGGUUGUCAAAUUGUACUACAGUGACCUGCAGAGGGUUUUUUUGUUACAUUGCUGGCUUUCAAAACCUCCUAUAAUAAGCCACAUCAUAUCUCUUACUGAUUUUUAUCACUAUUAAACAGGUCACUUGAAUAGAAUUGGUUUUAGGUACCUGGUGGUCUAGUGGUUAGGAUGCGACGCUCUCACCGCUGCGGCCCGGGUUCGAUCCCCGGUCAGGGAACCGACCCCAGACACUCUUAGUGCCGGUCCCAAGCCCGGAUAAAUGGGGAGGGUUGCGUUAGGAAGGGCAUCCAGCAUAAAAACGUGCCAAAUCAAACAUGCGGAUGAUCCGCCGUGGCGACCCCUAACGGGAGAAGCCGAAAGAAAGUGUAUUAAACAGGUCACUUGAACAGAAUUGUUUUUUAUCAAAAGUUAAUUACUCAAAAAUAUGUACGCCUACAAAUAAUUAAUAUUUAUGAGUAGGUCUAUAAAAAUCUGAAGAGUUACUGUCUUGUGCACAUAACAAUAAUCUGUACUGAGGAUGUCUAUGUAUUUUAUGUUACAAUUAAAGUACCUGGCUGCAGAAUAGUUGAGAACCUCUAGUGUCACUUAUACAUACUGUAUAAACAACAGUUGCACUGAUUUGAAGCAUUAAUGUCUGGGGGGUUUUCCACAAAAUAAUUCAUACAGCUACAAUACUGAAUUAUUACAAACAAAUAAGAUGGAAGGAAGAAGGAAGUACAAGAAAGAGUUUAGUUUUUUUUAAUGAGGCAGCAGUUUUUGUCACUUUCCCAAAAAAAUCGGUCUUGUCAGUAACAGUGGGCGACAAAGAAUGCUUUGGUACAACAACCUGAUGCAAUUGAUUGUGUGUUUUUUUUCUUUGGGUAAAGAAAGUGAAUUGACAUAGUAGGUAGAAACUGAAAAUGAUAAUGAUAAUCAGAUAGCAUACCAAUAUCAAACCAAUGACCCAGUGAAGUGGUUAAAGCCUGGAGACUUCUCUAUAUGACAGACUUUCUUCACCACACAAGUGCACCAAAUCGAGUAAGGAAUAAGACUGUUAUCUUAUCUGCACUUCUGUAGAUAACGUGAUCCGGAAAGAUUGCAUUAAAGUAUAGUGAGGAAAUGAUGUCAUAAUGCCGUAAUGUACUGUUUUUGAUCUUGAUCUUAAAAAGAAAAAAAGAAGUUGAAAUCACGGAGAGUGAACUGUGAAAGCGGAUUUGUAAACAACAUAGUAAACAAAUCAUAUGAUAAAUUGUGUAAAUUUUAAAAAGUAAGACCAUAUUGGUUUUUUUAUUGUUCUUUAAAGACUCACUAGGACAUUUCAAGUGCAAUUCAUUAUUUGUAUGACAUUUUUUGAAAUUGGGUGGGCAGAUUUUCCGUACCAUGUAAAUCUGUUUGAGCAGACAGCAGACAUACAUGCUGAUUCUUUCAACAGGUCCUUCUCAAUUCCCACCUUUAUGAAAAUUCUGUAUGUUUUAAUAAAUGUUUAUUAGUGCUGUUCCAUGUAUGUGAAUUAUUAUUUCCUGCACAAUUGUAAACAUACAGCAGGAUACAUACUAAUCUACAGUAGCUUGUUUCCACAUAAGUGCAUGAGCCUUAAUGCAUAUUUAUGACACAUUUGCAUUCUCGAAACCAUUCUUCAGGUUUUAUUGUUGGACUUCUCGAAAAUGGUCUUUUAUAAUGAUAUAGAAAGUGAAAGACGUUCAUGCAGAUAUAUUGACUUAGACAUCUACCAUUGACCAAAUUGAAUCGCUUUUCCUAAACAAUACAGAUUUUCACUGAUAUUGUCGAAUGUGCAUUGAUUUAUUUUUGUACUACGUAUUACAUGUGUUAAUGUUUCUUUUGUCAUACUGAAUCUCUGCUACUGUAUUAAUUACAUACUAUGUUUUUUUUUUAUGUUGUGCUAGGUACUUGUUUCACUACUUUGUUUUAGUCACAAAUGUUCACACUUCGCAGAACCACAUGCCCCACAAGCCAGUUUUUAUAGCUUCCUGAGAAUAUUCUCACGCCAUGUCUGUGAGAAGGUGCAACAAAUAUGGUUUGUACAUGUUGUUCUCAUUGAACAUGAUAUUUCACCAAAACUGGCACCAAAUAUUAGCAAAAUAGUUUAAAGUGGCCUAUUUGGACUAAUAAUGUAAUGUAUAAUUAGGAUAAACUACACACUGAAAAUAUGAAAAAAACACAUUAAAUAUAAUAAAAACUCAAACAUAAAAAAAAUCGUAACACCAUCUGAAGAAUAAUCCUGAAUGUGAUGUUGAGGCAUAAUGUUGGCAUGAUGUUCUUCAGUGUGAGCACUGAUAAUAAUACCACCAAUGUGUUUUUCCUAAAGUGUUACCCUUUAAUAUAAUGCAUUACUACAGUGGUCUAGCUCUGUAUAUUAAACAGUGCAGCAGAUUAAACUUCCAGUGAUUAAUGUGGAACCCCUGGUAACUGUUAUAUAAAUAUUAUAAUACCUUUGAAAAUAUUAAAAAAUAUUUAAUAUCUUUAUUACAUAUUCUAAGACAUUUAUUCACCUUAACUUUUACCUCACAUUUUCCUACGAUGCAUUUUCACAGCAGUUUUUGUAGAAACUGUUUUACAAUGAUUGGACCACUAUUUAUUGCAAACAUCGCAACCUAUCCUAUAUUGUAGGUUUGUGCGUGUGAAUUAUGGACAUUAUAAAUCAAAUGACAAACAAUCUGUAUGUGGAUUUAGUUCGGUAUGUUUGGUUUCACUCUCUUGUUGAGAGAUCUAGCUACUUUUAAGUCAUAACCAGGCAGAAACAAUCAAGGCUGGACUUAAAUUACAUUGUAAUUAGUAGAAUCUGUUAUUAUCAAGCCACUGAACCUCCAACCACAAACAAGACACAGAACAUCACUGAUUAAUCUUUAAUUUAUGGUGGCUGUCAGGUGCUUUUUGUUUUGUACGUAGUGCCCAUUUCCUGUAAAGAUUCUUAAGUAGUUUCGAAAAAAUAUUGCUAUGCUUUCACCAUAGCAUGCUCCUCCAGUUGCUAUUCAGGUUUUUUAUUUUGUUGGAUUUGUUGAAAACACCUUAUUUGCUAUAGAAGUAUGUAAUAGAUACAAUAGUUUAUAAUGAGACUUGUUUAUUAUGAAACUUUACAAUCCCAUGUGUUAAGUUUGCAAUUGGAAUAUAAUUUUUAAAGGUCUUCUUGGUUUCGUGAAUUAUGUGGUUAUACAGUGUUUCUGAAGCUUUUUUAUUAUGACAAUAGCCGUCUGACACAUUUGUGUUGAACGCUCUUUGAUGAUAAAUGAUAAAAAGGAUUGUAAAUGUGCUUCGCCUUAUAUGGUUAAUAAAAAAGAACUGUCAAAAGUAAAAUAAUAAAAUGAAGGAAAAUUAUUGAGAGAAAUUAUACCAUAUUGUUUCAGUAAUGAAUACUAGGUUAUUGUAUUGGAGUGAACAGAAUCUAUCUAUCUAUCUAUCUAUCUAUCUAUCUAUCUAUCUAUCUAUCUAUCUAUCUAUCUGUCUGUCUGUCUGUCUGUCUGUCUG